AUGAGAAAUUCCCCUUUUUGGCACAUGACGAAAGCUCCGAUUUUCAUGCCCUCUAUGAGCAAGAAGGUCAACAACUUCAGUCAGUUCGAGUAUCCUGAACCGCGUACGGUGGGAUUCAUUGGAGAUUCCGGAGUGGUAGGAAAGAGCGCUCUCAUCAACUCUCUCCUGCCUGGUACGAUCAAACUUCUUGAAGAGUUGCUGCGGAGCUUCCGACAAUAUUAUACCGACGCAUAUCGUAAGCUCACAGCUGUUCAAGAGCAACAGCAGAUUACAGAGACGGAUAUCCAGAAGGGCAUGGGAGACACUCCAAACUCUCUGUUCCGCAACCAUCCAGGCCUGACCCACGAAUCUCUCUCAGAUGAAGCCGAUGGAGCAGAAGCGGCCAUUCUGACACAGUUCGAAGAAUGGGCAAAGGCUGAAUUCAUCCAUAGACCGGGAGGGGCCGAUGCACUUCGAUAUUCUGUCACUGCAAACGACCCUGACUUGACGAGUGUAGAGACCUUCUUGAUGCGCUCACGACUGAUCCCCCGGAUGAGGACAGACCAGCGAUACGGCCCUUCAUAA